UUAUCCGUUCAGCGUUAAGUAAACAGUUGCAACAGUAACGUUCUUACGUAAAGAAGUUACACACGACCGAGACGCCUUGUUAUAUAAACUAAUUAAAAGUUUGUGUGAAUAGAAAAUAUAAAAAUCAAGUGUACAAAUCGGAAUAUACAUUUUAUUAAAUAAAGCAAUGUGUGUGUAUGUGUGUGUGCGUGCGUGUGUGUGCGUGUGUGCGUGUGCGUACGUGUGUCUAAUUUUUACGUGUAAGUAAAUUUGAAAAAAUUUUUUUUUACGUAUUUACGAAUAAAGAAACAAACAAACAUAAUCGCGAUGAGAUAUAGGUAUAUGUAUUCGUCGUUCUUCUCUUAAAAAGAAGCAUCAAUUGUAAAAGAAGAAAAGAGAGAAAAAUAAAAGAAAUUAUAUUCUCUCGCUGUAACUCUGGUGGUGUUCUUGUGGAAACGAUCUGUCAUAUACGUCACGUAUACUCGAAAAACUCGAUUUUAACGACGAAUCGUAUACAUUGAUAACUCGUUAAAAGAAAAAAAGAGAAAAAAGAAAAAAUUUCUUCCGUCAAUCGAAAAAAUGAGCAGCAUCGACCUAUGGAUGCGCGACAUUCUCGCAAGUUACGGAGUAAUCGCAUCGAUUAUUUUAUGCGUCGUGGUUUGGACGAUUCAGAAAUGGUCAAUGUUGCGAAAAAACAGUUAUAAGGCUCAUCUUCUUGGAUUCGAGAUGGAAUGUGCCGAGCUAACCAAUCCGUACAAGGAACAUCUUUUUAAAGCGCUGCAGGAUGUUGUUUCCAAUGACGAAAUGUUGCGAUCUAUGGGCUCUAUACGUAUCCUCGAAAUUGGCGUUAAAACGGGCGAAAACAUACAGUUUUAUCCGGAGGGUACGCAUCUCAUCGGCGUCGAUUGGAAUGUCAAACUAGGCGAAUAUCUGGUCAAAGGAAAUCGUUCGUGGCAAUUUUCUCACGUAAUUAUCGAGCGAUUGAUAACGGGCGAUGGGAGUCAUUUGAAGGAAGUAUUAACGGGAUGUGUGGAUAUAGUUGUGACAACUAGAUCAUUGUGUUCCGUUAAAUCGGUACAAUCUGCUCUUCAGGAAAUUCGUCGAGUGUUGACACUGGGCGGAAAAUAUAUCUUCGUGGAACACGUCCCAGAGAAGGAAGGCACUUUCAUACGAUGGUUACAAAUAGCAUUGACGCGUUCUGGUAUAUGGCCUUCUUUAUUUGGCGAUUGUCGUUUAGAUGUCGAUUGCGUUGCGGAUAUAGAAAACGCUGGUUUCAAGAAAGUAUCGUGGACAUUCUUAGCUUUGGAAGGAUACGUUUCGCAUCCGCUUCAUUUGAUUCUUUCCAGACAGCAUGUAUUCGGCAUAGCGACGAGAUAGUAGAUGCGUAUCGAUACCAAUGCAAUAAACAUGAAAUUUUCAACAUCAACAAUUUUUUGUAUCAAUGCGCGCGCGCGCGCUCGCACACACACACACAUGGAUUAUGAACACAAAAUCUAGCGUAUAACAAAAUAGAGGAAAGUCAAUUCAGCCAAUAUAGUUCCAGCAUAGCUCUCCUAAAGUGGUGCCGCAUGUCGGCUGCUCUUGGACUGACACUUGCACUUGCCGAUAUUAUGUCUAGUAUCAUCAUAUGCACGAAUGUUCAAUUCAGUUUCUCCGAGGGCUCACAAUCAGAUUUCAAAUUUUUGCCCAUUGCCCGCGAGCCAGAUUAAUAUAUCUCUAACAGGGAUCGGUAAAAUAACCGAUACGAUUCAUUUGAAAUAAAAAAUAAAACAAAUGUGUAUUUUUAAUAAAAAUUUAAAAUACAAAAUAGUCUUUUCACCAUUUUGUUUAUUUGAAUGUGCGUUAAAUAUUUUCAUAUACUUAUCAUAGUUAUUAUACAUAUUAUGUACGAAGCUCUUCGAUAUAGAAUCUUUCAUUGACUUUAAUUAAAAUCAGCAUCUCAAAAUUGCUGGCUUUCAUACUUCUUCGGUUCGGUCUCGUGAUAAGGCCGCUAUAGGAAAAUCUGCCUAAAAAGACAUUAAAAAUGUAAAAAAAGCGCCAAGUAUAUUUUUUUAGCAAUAUAUGUCAAAGCAAUGGAUAAAAGCAAAUAUAAUAUUAUUAAAAAGAAGUGCAAUCAAAAAUAUUUCAAGCAUAUUUAUUACCGAUGGGUUGAGUGGGAGUCUUUUGACCACGUUGUAAUUGACCACCCGCCACUUACAGUGUUAAACAGUGGGAAAACUCUACGCACCGGCCGCUUUAAAAGGUUGCGGUCAAUUGCAACGUCGUCAAACGAGACACUUCUGUGUGACACUGAUGAGCAGCAAAUUAUGUAACAGAUAAAAUCAAAGAUGGGCAAAAUCUCUAGCAGCAGCGUACUUGCCACACUCCCGUUUUCUUUUUUCUUCUUUUUUUUUUAAAUAUAAUUCUUACAGCACA